AUGGCGUCAGGAAUCCCCGAAGCCGACCUGCUCAGCUUCCGAGAACAUCUCAAGAAAUCAAAGCGCAUCCUAGCCUUGCUGGGUGCCGGCCUCUCCGCCGCCUCGGGCCUCCCUACUUUCCGCGGGGUAGGCGGGCUAUGGCGGUCUCAUCGUGCACCGGACUUGGCGACGCCUGAAGCAUUCAGCGUUGAUCCAGGACUCGUAUGGCAGUUUUACAGCUACCGGCGUCACAUGUCGCUGGUGGCGCAUCCAAACAGGGCCCAUUAUGCGCUCGCAGCGCUGGCAAAGAAGAACCCCAACUUCUGGACCAUCACUCAGAACGUCGACGGCUUGUCGGAGCGGGCUGACCACCCUGAAGCUCAGCUACAUCGUCUUCAUGGCUCCUUGUUCACUGUUAAAUGUUCAUCAGAAUACUGCACCUACUCGCGGGAUAACGACUACCAGGACCCUCUUGUUCCCUGUCUCGCAAUUCCCAAAGCAGGCACCCAAUUGAAUCCGUCUACGGGGGAUCAUACUGGCGAACAAGCCGCCAGAGCUAUCCACCAAGCCCUGGAUGAGAGAGCCGCAGCCGCCGGCCAAGAUCUGGAUAUAUCAGAUAUCUCCAUCCCCAUUCCCCAACUCACGGAAGAUGAUCUACCGCACUGCCAGAAAUGCAGAAACGCCUUGCUACGACCUGGCGUGGUCUGGUUUGGAGAGUCUCUGCCUGACGAUACGCUAGACAGCGUCGAGAGGUUCCUCGACGAAGGCCCUAUUGAUUUGGUCUUGGUUAUUGGCACGAGUGCACAGGUAUUCCCUGCUGCGGAAUAUGUCGAAGAGGGAAGACAUAGAGGAGCUCGUGUAGCAGUUGUCAAUAUGGAUCCUACUCACGUUCCGCCAGGAGGAGUGGGUCCACAGGAUUGGUUGUUUCAAGGUGAUGCAAGUGUGAUACUUCCUGAGAUAUUAAAGGAUAUUAUUGGAGAGAUCUGA